GCUCCUCCUCCAGCCGGUCCGGGGCCCGUUGCCCGUUGCCCGCCAUGGCUUACGAGGAGCGGGUCCGCUCGCUGGCGGACACCGUGCAGCUCUACCGGAAGGACCCGAGCGGCUGGCGGAGCUGCAAGCGCACGAAUGAAGUUUCAAUUUACUGGAGACCAUCAACUGAGUUUUCUGGCAACAUGUACAGAGGAGAUGGAAUAGUCUCUGCGAGUCCUGAGGCUGUCUGGGAGUGCUUAAAACCAGAAGCUGGUGGACUAAGAACAAAGUGGGACCAGAAUGUGAAGGACUUUGAGCUGAUUGAAACUAUUAGUGAUACUAUCUCUAUAUGCAGAACCAUUACCCCAUCAGCCUUCAUGAAGAUUAUUUCUCCAAGAGAUUUUGUAGAUGUGGUGCUAAUUAAGCAGUAUGAAGAUGGGACUAUAGCAUCUGCUGCAACCAAUGUGGAACAUGCACUCUGUCCUCCCCAACCCACAUACGUAAGAGGGUUUAAUUAUCCCUGUGGCUGUUUCUGUAUACCUAUUCCAGGGGAACCAGGCAAGACCCAAGUCCUCACUUUCUUUCAGACUGAUCUUGGUGGCUAUCUUCCCCAGACUGUAGUGGACUCAUUCUUUCCAAGCAGCAUGGCUGGCUUUUACAGCAAUCUGACCAAAGCGGUAAAGACAAUGAAAACUUGAGAGGCAUUUUCUCAAAGGAAAUCCGAGUCUCAUUGCUGAGACUUAAAAGGGAGGGUAAGAAAAGCUAUUAUUGGUGCCAUAACAGAUUAGAUGAAGAUAAAAAUGGAAUAAAUGAUGGGAUCAGCGACUGACCUCCAAUGCCUUUCUAACAAUCUAGAUAUGUAGGAAAGUUGAAGUGGGAACAAAGUCUCAAAGUCCAUUUUUAAUAUAAGAUUUAUUAUUUUUGUACCUGCCUUUUUGUUUAAAAAUGCACUACCUGGUGAUACUGUGUUUUUGUAACUAUUAAAAUAAGUGACAUUAUUUCA